GGAUGAAAUCAAUAGAAAGCUUGCGCGAUCGUGCUCCGUCUUCAGCGAAUCUAUUCGCAGGGAAAAUUUGCGCGAGGAGGAACGUAGCCACGACAGUGACAACCCUGGAAUUAUCCCCUUCGAUCGCAUCACUUUUUCUAACCGCGGAGCCGCGAACGUUGUGAAAUCAUCUCUCCUCGAAUCAGUGACUUAAUUUAAUGAAUAAACAGCAAUCGACGACAAUGGCUGUGAUCCUCUACACGGCAGUGCGAUUAUCAGCGUCGUGGGGUGUGUCGUAGAGUAGAUACGGAAAGCAGAAAAGUCGUUUCGAAGCUGUUCAAGUAAUUACCAAAGUAACAUGAUGCUAGAAUUUCUCGUAAUACUCAUAACGUCGGCGAGCGUGAUCGAGGGUUCGUUACCGCCCGACGACGGGGACAAUGUGUUGCAUAUCGGCGGUAUUUUCCCAAUACAGGGGGAGGGUGGAUGGCAGGGAGGUCAGGCUUGCAUGCCAGCGGUGAAUCUGGCCUUGGACGAUGUCAACCAUGAGAAGAACCUGUUACCGGGCUUCACGCUGAAACUCCACUCGAACGACAGCGAGUGCGAGCCAGGACUCGGCGCGUCGGUGAUGUACAAUUUAUUGUACUACAGUCCGCACAAAUUGAUGUUGCUGGCGGGAUGCAGUACGGUCUGCACGACUGUUGCCGAGGCAGCUAAAAUGUGGAACUUAGUAGUGUUGUGUUACGGUGCAUCGUCUCCAGCAUUGUCCGAUCGAAAUAGGUUUCCGACAUUGUUCAGAACCCACCCAUCAGCCACGGUGCACAAUCCAACGAGAAUCAAACUGUUGCAAAAGUUCGGCUGGUCUAGAGUAGCAAUCUUACAGCAGGCUGAAGAAGUGUUCAUAUCUACUGUAGAAGACUUAGAAUCGCGUUGCAAGGAGGCAGGAAUAGAAAUAGUGACUCGGCAAAGUUUCCUGUCCGAUCCCUCCGACGCGGUAAGGAACUUACGUCGCCAGGAUGCGAGAAUCAUUGUGGGCUUGUUCUACGUCGUAGCAGCUAGAAGAGUCCUCUGUGAGUUGUACCAUCAGAAUCUCUAUGGGAAGAGCUAUGUGUGGUUCUUUAUCGGCUGGUACGAGGACAAUUGGUUCGAGGCGAACCUGAACAAGGAGGGUAUCACCUGCACGGAGGAACAAAUGAGACUAGCGGCCGAGGGACACUUAACCACAGAGGCACUGAUGUGGAAUCAGAAUAACGACACGACAAUCAGCGGCAUGACUUCCGAGGACUUCAGGAAACGGUUGAAUUCGAUGCUGAAAGAGGAGGGUUUUGAUAUCGAUAACAACCGGUAUCCAGAGGGCUACCAGGAAGCACCUCUCGCCUACGAUGCGGUUUGGUCUGUCGCGUUAGCUUUCAACAAAACCAUGGAGAAGCUGAGCAAACAGGGGAAAAGCCUGAAGAACUUCACCUACACCGACAAGGAGAUAGCGGACGAGAUUUAUUCGGCCAUCAAUUCUACACAAUUCCUCGGUGUAUCUGGAUACGUUGCGUUUAGCUCCCAAGGUGACAGAAUCGCAUUGACCCAAAUCGAGCAGAUGAUCGAUGGAAAGUACGUCAAGUUGGGUUACUAUGAUACGCAAAGCGACAAUCUGACAUGGAGGAAUAUGGAACGGUGGAUCGGAGGGAAGGUACCGCAGGAUAGAACCAUUGUUAGGACCGUUCUUAGGACAGUCUCGCUGCCGUUGUUCAUCUGCAUGGGUACCAUAUCUUCGAUUGGGAUCGUGAUAGCAGUCGGUCUAAUUAUAUUUAACAUUUGGAACAGACACAGAAGGUACGCUCGAUCGUUUCAUAUUAUAACAUACACGCGUGGAACUUCCCUAAUCUUUCCCUUAACUUCUUUCAGCGUCAUUAUGUCCUCCCAUCCCGUGUGCAACACGAUAAUGCUUGUGGGGGUGAUAGCAUGUUUCGUGUCGGUGUUCCUAUUAGGCAUCGACGGCAGAUUCGUGUCGCAAUGGGAAUACCCAGCGGUUUGCCAAGCGCGAGCUUGGAUGCUGUCCACAGGUUUCACCCUAGCGUUCGGCGCCAUGUUCAGUAAAGUGUGGCGGGUCCACAGACUCACGACGAAAACGAAAGCUGAUCAAGCGAAGUUGUUCAUGGCUAAACAAAAAGUUUCGUCCAUACAGAAGAAAAUCCAACCGUGGAAGCUGUACACGAUGGUAAGUGGGCUGCUCGCAAUGGACAUCGUGCUGCUGAUGUCCUGGCAGGUGCUGGAUCCUCUUCAGAGAAAGAUGGAGACGUUCCCGUUGGAGUCAUCUCCGUACGGUGACGACGACGCGAGGAUCAGGCCUGAGUUAGAGCACUGCGAGAGCGCGCACAAUAACAUUUGGCUUAGUUUGGUGUACAGCUAUAAGGGGAUCAUUCUCGUGUUUGGCCUGUUCCUGGCUUACGAGACGAGGAGCAUCAAAGUGAAGCAAAUCAACGAUUCCAGAUACGUGGGGAUGUCGAUCUACAACGUGGUCGUUCUGUGCGUGAUCACAGCGCCGGUCACAAUGGUGAUCGCCAGCCAGCAGGACGCGAGUUUCGCCUUCGUCGCACUCGCGAUCAUUUUCUGCUGUUUCUUGAGCAUGGCGUUAAUUUUCGUGCCCAAGAUGAUCGAGGUGAUCCGGCACCCAAAGGACAAGACCGAGUCCAAAUACAACGCGGACGUGGGCAUGUCGAAGGAGGACGAGGAGAAGUAUCAGAAGUUACUCACCGAGAACGACGAACUUCAGAAGCUCAUCGCCGCGAAGGAAGAAAAGAUCAAAGUCCUGAAGCAAAUGCUAGCCGAGAGGGACGCGUUGAAAGGGGGCAGCGGAAAUGUUCCGAAGGACUCGCUGAUAGUUGCCGACUACGUGACCGGCGAGGGGACCUCGGACAGCGCAAUCGGUGGGGGCAUUUCUGUUUACACAAGAUCGUCCCGAGCUUCUGCCUCCGACUUCGACUUCUCCGAGUCGUAUUCGUAGAUCCGCCGCGAGUCGAUCAGCGAACCUUCCCCGCAGAUCGUUAACACGUUGACGUACAAUUUCUUCCAAGUUCCACCUCGGAAACAUACUUUUUCCUUUAAACGUUCCUUUGAUGUUACCAAAAAUUGGAGGACAAUGCGUGACUUCUAAAGAAUAUUGUUUACAGUUCCCUUUUUUUUAAGUAUGAUCGCUAUAGCCGCCAUUUUCCAAUUAUAUACAAAACAUUUAACGUCUAUAGUUAGUUUCGUCAACGUGUUAAGAAUCUAAGGGAACCUGGGACCUAAACACAGAGUAAAUUAUAUGUCGCUUCUUUCUUUCCUACGGUUUCGUUUCGAGACUCUUUAGAAGCCUAAUCACGUGUACGCUUCACACGCGAACACUUCUUCUUUUUACCGAGUAUCGUUACAGAACGAUCGGGACAAUCACCGAAGCCGGCACUUGUACCGAGUCCUCUCCGGGCACAACGAAAGUUUUGUCUCGCGGCGAUAAGGGUCAGGUGAUGCGCUUCUCGUCGAUGUGCUCGGUGUCUUAAACGUACCCAUUAUUAUUAAAUGUUGAAUGUAUGUGUCUACUAUCAGUAAUACGUGUGUGUAUGCGUAGAGGAGAUCGUAAGCUAAACGCGAGUAACAGCGUACAUCCGGAUGCGAGAGGGGCAACCACGGUGAUAACGAUCGACAGUUGGCCUACGAACGUCGCGCGCGGGUCUCGUUCACAACGACAUUUUUGUUACUUCGAGGAUUUACCGCAUACAGUCACAGAUAUCGCCGUACAUCGAGAUUCUAUUAUCCGAUGCAUUUGUACAAUGAAGUUUCUAUCGGAAAGGUUACGAGUUAGAAUCGAGCCCACACACGGAAUCUAUUAUCGCGACACAGACCAAUUAACGUACUUCACGAACAGUUUUCUAUUGGUUUUUCGAACGUUUUACUGGAAUAACCGGCGAACUCGAUCGUGUUCCAUUGCCGCGAACGGUCGUGGUGGGGCACGAGGUCACAUGGGUCCAAAAGGGUGGGAAAGAACGUUUGAUACGAUCCACACAAGGUACAAAAACGCAUCUUAUACAGAAAAUAUAUAUUACGGCGUUGCAUCGAUUAACAGUUAACGGUUGACUAUUCGUCGACAGUCAUGAUCCACACAGACCCAUAACGAAUACGCAGACGAAGCCACCUCAGUGACGAGUCCCAGGCUUGAACUCCUCUUAACUGUUCACGCAUGAUUUCCAAGCAAUUGCAGUUAAAUCUCGUUAGACAAUUAACCACCUGGUCGUUUCCGAAUCCGCGAAUCGAUGUGAACCUCAUGAAGUCUGCUCCCAAAUUGUGCCACACACGGAACGCCGCGGUAGAUUGGGUGACGUUCUUCCAGGGCGAACGCCGUGCUAACGAGAUUUAAAAGCUUGUGAUGCUGCGCCAUUCAUAAAUAAUUUGGGAGUCUUGAUGAGGUAGACAGUUUACGCGAAUUAGGACCACCCAAAAAGGAAAAAAGGAUAACAAAAAGGGACACGCUUAAUCUUUCAGACAUGCGGACGAAUACGAACGGGAUCUGGCUCGAGCCGACCGUCGCAAUUAUUUAUGAAUGGACGAUAACAUAUCUGAACGCUUGUUUCGCAUUGCAUCUGAAGGGUUAUCGUAUUUUUCAAUUCUUCUUUCUAGAAACGGACCAGGUCGGCUGAAAACACAGGAGUCCCCGUCAAUUAGGACGACGAAAGCAAUACACACGUGCUAACGAGCUGAAAGCUCCCCCGUUCUCUCCCUUUCUCACUGUCUUUCUCGUCUCUCUUCUAAAGUUAGCGUUGAAUGUUCACACACACAUAGGCACACGCGUGCAAUCCUUCCCGUGGAUAUCCGAUGUUUCGUGUUCCAUAACCGAGGGGAGACGUCGGGAACCGACGCGUCGCAACGGCAAAAAUCUGAUUAUCCCGUUGCGCGUCGGCCGCAGGGAAAACCGUAUCACCUGCCGAACGAGUCUGUACCUCUGAAAACGGAGAAGACAGUUUCGAUUGGGUGACUCCCAAGAGGGACGCAGUUGCCAUUCGAACAUCGCCUUCCCUCUCUAAAAAAGAACAGAACAGGAAAAAUGAUAUUAACUGUAUCGCAAAUAUGCUUCGAAAGGUGCGUUUACAAAAUCUCAACGUCGCUGAAAGAAGGGUAAUGCGAUUUGACUGCAAUUCAAGAUUUUAUUCGUAUACAGGACGAUUUAUGUAUGUGUAUAACGUAGAUUGGUUAAGCCACGGAGCACAAGAUUUUUUCAUAUCGGUGCAACUUCAAUUUCGCCACUCUACGUAUACAUGGUGUUUAGAGAAGACUCUACGAAUGUUUUCUGUUGAACCGUUUCUAGGCGUGCUAAUCGUCGUCGUGCCCAACCGCGAUAUUUUUUACUGUACCUCUUCGGUCGACUGUCGCGCGGGCAGCGCUUGACUAAAAUCAUUAUUAUUAUAUACCGUAUACAUAUAUAAUAUAUAUAUAUAUUAUAUACAUAUAUACAUAUAUAUAUUAUAUUAUCGAACUGUUAAAGAAAGUAUCAUAUAUAUGUAUGUUAGAAUAUGGAGAUAUAUUUAUUUUUAAGUUUUUCAAAUUAUAAAAAUUCGUUACAAAUUCAUCCGCUGUAUCUGUUAUUAAAAACCCUGCGUUUAUCAAACGAGCGGACCGCUCGCGGAUCUAUCGAUCGUUCCGGUUUCGUUAUUCGAAAGGUGAACGACGAAAGAUCGAUCGGUUCGCGUCGAAUCGUACAAAAUUUUCGUGAAAAAUCGACGAGCUUCUCCUUUUUGUUCGAGAUAUCAAUGUGACACGUAUCAUUCGUUCGAAGGAACAACGUAUAUUUAAUACAUCGUAGAGGAUUUACGGCGAUUAUGAAAAUGUGUAGUACAAAUUAAAUGCGAUUGUAUGAAAAGGACAUAAAAAAAGAGAAAUGAUUCGAAUAAACUAGAAUUACGAUUCAACGGCGGCAUUGUGAAAUGUGCUCUAAGCGUUUCAGCGGUUUGAAUGGGAAUUUGAAUC